AUGAGUAAAAAUAACGUAUCGUCUUCUUCUUUUUAUCGUGCUCUACUCGUAGCACUGUGCAUUGCGGCUACUAAUAUUUUGUUAGUGUCAGGAACUGUGAAUUCAUCAUCAUUAUCAUCGUUAGAGGCCAAAGCUCUACUCAAUAGCGGUUGGUGGGGAAACUUUUCUUCUGCAAAUCAUUGUCACUUGGCAGGUAUCGCUUGUAAUCAGGCAGGAAGUGUCGUUCGGAUUGUCCUUUCUCCUAAUUCUGUUUAUUCUUCUUCUUCUUCUUCUUCUUCUUAUUCUUAUUCUUCCCCCCACCGAAAGCUUGAAAACAUGGAUUGGACUUCCUUCCCAAACCUUCAAUUUCUCGAUCUCAGCUUCUGUGACUUAACUGGAAGCAUCCCCGAGGAAAUUGGUACUCUGUCAAAGCUCACCUACCUCGACCUCUCAAGCAACAAAAAUCUUGAAGGUUUGCUACCUCUUACCCUGGGAAACCUCACCCAACUAGUACAACUUCGCAUAUAUUAUACUAAUAUCACUGGUCCAAUCCCUUCAUCUAUUGGUCAAUUGACUAAUCUGAUCUAUCUCAAUCUCUCUCCAAAUCGAAUCAACGGUUCCAUCCCUGUAGAAAUAGGAGAUUUGAUGCAAUUGGCAUACUUGGACCUUAGCCAUAACCUCCUUACAGCUAAGAUCUUUUUAAUUUUUGCUUCCGUUUGGCCCCUUUACUCUGACAAGUUAUGUCUGAAGAAUAUGAGGCCGUAG